AUGAGGUGUCUUUCCGCGGCGGCGAUAUUCGCAGGGGUGGCGUCUGCGCUGUCCAAUUCUUCCACGCCUACGGCCAAGACGAUCAAUGGCACGUACGAAGGCCGUCACUUAGCCGGCUGGGAUCAAGAUGUUUUUCUCGGCAUUCCUUUUGCCCAGCCGCCGGUUGGCCAAUUGCGUUUCAGAUGGCCGCAAUCGCUAAACACGUCAUUUUCCGAAGUCAGAGCUGCGACUGAGUAUGGACACACUUGCAUCCAACACAAGAGCACUUUGGGCAUCACCAACAACAACGAUGAAGACUGCCUCAACCUCAACAUCGUCCGGCCAAGUGGAUACACCAACACGAGCCUACCCGUGCUGGUCUGGAUCUACGGCGGCGGUCUCUCUGCCGGCUCAGGGGCUGAUCCUCAGUACAAUCUGUCCGGCAUCGUGAAGACAGCGCAGGAGUCAGGCCAGCCGUUCAUCGGCGUCAGCAUCAACUACCGGUUGAGCAUCUGGGGCUUCCUGCAAUCCGCACAGCUGCUGGCCGAAGGCAGCGCCAACGCGGGGCUGUUGGACCAGCGAAUGGCGCUCCGCUGGCUGCAGGAGAACAUUGCGUCUUUCGGCGGCGAUCCGACCCGCGUCACCGUCUGGGGCGAGAGCGCGGGGGCGCAGAGCAUCGCCCUGCACCUGCACUCGUACGACGGGCGCGACGACGGGCUCUUCUCCAGCGCCAUCCUCGAAUCGGGCGGGCCGACGGGCGCCUCGCUCAACACGCUGCCCUACUACAACGCGGCCAUGGAGAACCUCACGCGCACGGUGGGCUGCUGGGGCGCGUCGGACCCGCUGUCGUGCCUGCGCGACCUGCCGGCCGCGACGCUGCACGGCGCGCACCCGAGCUACGUGUGGAACCCGCUCGUCGAUGGCGACUUCCUGACGGGCUACCCGUCGGACCUGCGCGAAGACGGCAAGUUCAUCAAGGUGCCGCUGCUCACCGGCGCCAACACGGACGAGGGGACCUCGUUCUCGAUCCGCAACAACCUCAACAACGCGUCCAGCCUCGCCAACAGCCUGCUCUCCUGGCGCAACUACGCCCUCUCGCCGCCCACCGUCCGCCGCCUGCUCGCUCUGUACCCGGACGACGCCACGACGCCCAAGCCGCCCUUCCACGUCGACCCGGCCGAGCCCUUCGCCCAGUACGGCACGCAGUGGCGCCGCUCGGGCGCCAUCGGCGGCGACCUCGUCAUGAUUGCCCAGCGCCGCGCCAUGGCCGAGGCGUACACGGGCGCCGGCCAGGACGUGUGGAGCUACCGCUUCGACACGCCGCUGUGGAACGCGAGCGCCGUCACCGGCGCCAAUCACUUCUGCAACGUCGUCUUCUCCUUCCAGAACAUCAGCGGCGCCCUGGGCCCGUACCCCGAGUACAAGGAGCUGAGCUUGGGGAUCGGCAGGGCGUAUGCGAACUUCGUGGCGACGGGCGACCCGAAUGGCGAUGUGAAUGGGACGGCGGAUGGGGACGUCUCGACGCUGCCGUAUUGGCCGAAGUACGACCUGGCGGACCCGGUGAAUAUCGUGUUGAAUGCGAAUGGGAGUUUCCUGGAAGCUGAUACGUGGAGAAAGGAGGGGAUUGCGUUUAUCAACACGCACCAAGUGUUGAGAGAGCUGUUAUCUUAG